AUGGCGCCUCAUAUCCUCAGCACCUCCCCCGUCAUGGAUGAAGGCCGGACACACAAGGGAGUCAUCAAGCGGCCACCUCUACAAGAACACGGGAACAGGGAUACCAAAACUCAGCUCGCCCUUCUUUUCCAUGAAAAUAACCUUGCAAAGGUCAUCGGAGUAGCUGAAACUCUCCUAAAGAACAAUGACCCUCCCACCAGGUUUCCUGAAACCGUACCACAAACAACUCCCGACAAAGGAGUGUACCGAUGCAGAGACGCCGAGUUUUGGACUUGCGGCUUUUUCCCUGGUAACCUCUAUUGUUUGCUUGAACGUGUGAGAAAAUAUCCUGCAGCAAGCUUGCCUAAUCUCGCAAGCCCAGGGGAUUCGCAAAUAAAAUCGACUGAAGAUGCAACAGUAGCUCUCAAUCAUGAUAUCCUUAUUUCUCAUCUUACUGAUCUCUGUCGGAGAUGGUCAGAGCCAUUGCACGGCAUGUCCUUCCGAAAAGACACCCAUGAUAUUGGGUUCAUCAUCCAGCCUGCCCUUCAAAGAGACUGGGAGCUCUUCGGAAACAAACGGAGUCUAGACUCUAUUCUCACUGCAGCCGAAAGCCUCGCUACUAGGUUUGAUGAACGAGUCGGGGCGAUUCGGAGCUGGGAUCGAUUUUGUAAUGCCCACUAUGACAUCAACAGCAUGGAUGAUGACUUCUUGGUGAUCAUAGAUAGUCUCUGCAAUCUUGAUCUACUAUUUUACGCCGGAAACUAUCUCCAUUCUGAACGCCUACUCUCUAUUGCAUCCACCCAUGCUACUACGCUGCUAUCGACUCAUCUCCGACCUGAGUCCGGCUUGAAAGUUGACUCCUCCUACUCCACAUAUCAUGUCGUGAACUUCUCUCCCUCGAACGAAGGGAAAGUGAAGCAGAAACUCACCGCGCAAGGCUACGCCGACAGCUCGACAUGGGCCCGUGGCCAGGCGUGGGCAAUCUUAGGAUACGCUCAGACAUAUUCUUGGACCAAGAAGCGUGAGUUCCUUGAUGCUGCUAAAGGGCUUGCGGACUAUUUCAUACAGCGCAUGGAAUCAUCGCCAGCAAUCGUGGAACAACACGGUUCCGGGCGUUACGUCCCGCUAUGGGAUUUCGACGCGCCAAUCACGCAUACUGGUAUCAACGGCGACCAAGGCCCAUUGCGGGAUGUUUCCGCAGCAUUAAUUGCUGCCAACGGGAUGCUGAUUUUGUAUGGACAACUAGCAGGUAUUGGGGAACUAGCGGCGGCCAAGCGUUACUUGGACUAUGCUCUACACAUCGCGAAAGAUACUGUGGAAUUGGCGUAUAAUCGAGAUACGAGGCGGCUGAGGCUUUACGAACAGGAUGGGGCUACUAAGGUCGAAUCAUACCAGAUUAGCAAUGGACAUGGCUUUGAUGCGAUCCUUGAAAAGUCAACGGCGAAUUUCAACGGCAACCACGCUGAUCGUGCUUGGGAUCAUGGCUUGGUUUAUGCGGAUUACUACUUUCUUGAGCUGGGGAAUCGGCUCUUAGAUAUGGGGUUCCUUUGA